AUGAACCAGUGGCGCGUAUUAAGCACUAUGCGCAUUGAGAAAAUAAUCGGAACAGCUGCUUCUCCAAAUGACAUUGUAAAUUUUUGGAUACAAGUGCUAAAAAUGAAGAAUGCUGGUGGGAGCCUGAUGUUUAAAGAACUAGCAGAGUUUUCGAUACGAUGCCUUUCAUUACCUUUGAGUAAUGCCGUCGUUGAAAGAAUUUUCAGCGUAAUGGGGACAAAUCAGAUCAAAACAAAAUUAAGGAAUCGCAUGACUCCCAUGCUGAUCGCAAUUCUUAGGAUUCGUACCCAUAUGAAUGUAAGAGGUUUGUGUUGUAACAACUUUCAACCAAGCAAUCACAUGGAGAGUUUGCACGCUGGCAGAAAAAUAUAUGUCUCCGGUGGAUCUUGCGCCAGUACUAGCACAUCAACUACUACUGAAGACGGCGAAAAUCUUGGUGAUGCCUUAUUAUUGCUAGCAGAGGACGAAUCAGAAUAA